UUACGCAUGCGCCAGAGGUCAAAGUUGACAGUUCACGGGGUCGGUUCGCGGGCAAACGUUCCAAAAGCAAUUGUUUCGGAAGCGGGAGAAGUUCGUUUUUGAAAAUAACUGUCAAAACUAGACACAAUUCACCGUAAUAUUUAGUUUGUGACUUGUAAAACACCAGACCUGUAGUGUCGAGCUAAUAGCUUUAGCUAUUGAGCAGUCAUUGUCCGCGUGGAGGAGUUUUCAGGUCUCGUGUCGGACGGCGACGAGUGAAGACGACAAAGUGGCAGAAGAUGGCAGAAAGGCCGGAAGAUCUGAACCUUCCCAAUGCGGUUAUCACCCGUAUCAUUAAGGAGGCGCUCCCAGAUGGGGUGAACGUGUCAAAAGAAGCAAGGAGAGCGAUAUCCCAGGCUGCCAGCGUGUUUGUGUUGUAUGCAACAUCUUGUGCCAACAACUUUGCCAUGAAGGCUAAGCGGAAAACUCUGAAUGCAGGCGACGUCUUAGCUGCGAUGGAGGAAAUGGAAUUUGAGCGAUUUCUGGAGCCUCUCAGAGAAGCUUUGGAAGUGUACAAGAAGGGCCAGAAGGGGAAGAAGGAGGUGUCGGAGCAGAAGCGCAAAGAUAAAGACAAGAAGACGGACUCUGAGAAUGAUAAGAGCAGAGAGGAGGAAGAGGAGGAGGAGCGCAUGGAAGAAGAGCCUGAAGCAGAGAACGAGGUGGAGGAAGAAGAGGUGGAAAACUGAAAACAAUCCCCGCUGGUGGACGCACUGUUUAAAUAAUGACAUGCACUCGGUAGCGCUUCAGAGGUUAUCACUGUCAGGACAGGUCAGGUCCCUUUCGAGAUGUGGUUAGUUUUCCUGAAGUCUUUUUUUUUUCUCCUUUUUCUUACAAAAUCCAAAUGUUGAAACAAAGCACAACAAAUCUUGUACUUCCUUAAAAAAACAUAGGUGACAUGCACUUACACUGACUGGGGUGAUCGGUUUCUGAGCAAACCCUGUAUCUCAGAUAGACCUUUUGAACUUUUACAUGAUUAUAGAUAAGGUCAUAUCUUCUGGGUGGAACGACGUUAAAUGCUCACAGUAUGUCAACUGUAGUCUUUGAUAUGAGAUGCAUAACGCAAUGUCUAUUAUUUCAACUGGGAACCAUUACAGUGAUGAACUGGGUAAACUGAAAAUGGAAAUAUGCAUUGCCACUUUUGAGACUUAGAGUGGAGUUGCUUUUGUAGCAAAGUUUUUUUAAAAAAACAUGUUUUUGUACAAUUUUUGGGUAGCGAAAAUUCCCAAUAAAUAUUUUUAGUACAACAAAAAAAAGUUUUGUAAAUAUACAUUUUCAGUAACAGUUUUGAUGCUUUGCCCUUUUACUUAAAAAGUAAAACGCUUUCAAUGAAAGACAUGUUUUGCCCAACAUUUUAUUUGCGCUUUUACUCCGAUGGGCACUCAAUUUGGCCGCUGUUGAUGUCAUCGAUGACAUCAUGCGGGGGGCGGCCAUCAAUGGUG